CCUACACCAAAAAUGGUGCUUUGAAAAGAAAUAAAGAAAAAAGCGUCGAGAUGGACAGCGAAGACCAGGAAGUCUGUAUAAUUGAAAAUAAUAUUGCGAGAGAGUUAACAUGUUUACCGAUUAUGAUCACAUAGGCUAAUUGUCUGAUCGUUUAUUUCCAAAACCACCUCUUUCUCGCAUUUCACAUCAUUUUUGAGGUUCAAAUGAGAAUUUGAAUUAUACGAGGUUACAGUGGAAGGACAUGAUGUCAAACUAGAACAAAAGACUCGUGACUAUGAAAAAUAUGAACAACAUUUCAUUCAAAAAUAAUUUGUUCCCAGUUUUUGUCUCUUGUCUAACAUUCACUAUAAUGGUGAUUACGCUGCUUCUUAUAGCCAAUUCAACAAUUUCCCUGACAGUGCAACACAUCCAACCUCUAAAUAUAAAGAAGACAUAUGAUAUGGACAAAACUCAACGUCGUCAAUUACCACACAAAACUCACGCACUGACGGUACUAAGAAAUAGAGGAUACAAAGUGUACAAUGCUACUGAUGAACUAAAAAACAAUGCCUUGGCCAUGGGAAUACAGGAGACAAAAGCCAAGAAGACAGCACCUAAGAAAGAUAGAGAAAUCAAAAUUCUCAUAUGGACUACAUUUUUCAAGACGAGAUUUUAUAUCAAAACAAAACCUGCGCUGAAAACGUCUAACUGUUCUAUAAAGCACUGUAGUUUCCAUUAUGAUAAAUCUAGAGCAGGGAUAGCAUCAAGUGACGCAGUCUUAUUCCAUCAGUGGGGCAGUGACUUUAAGAUUAGUGACCCUAUUCCCCAGAUCCGAUUCUCUUGGCAGAACUACAUAUUUUUCUCAAUAGAAAAUCCAACGAGGAAUUACUUCACAAAAUACGCAAAACUCUUGGAUGGUUUCUAUAACCUGACAGCAACGUACAAACAAAGCUCAGAUGUGCCUUUGCCAUAUGGCAAAUAUGUUCCAAGAAUAUUAAGGUCUAAACUAACAAGUUCGAAGAAUUAUUACAUGGAAAAUAGACGUAAUAAAACAGAUAAAGGUGCCAGUGUCCUCUGGGUUGUAAGUAAUUGUGAAACAGUUAAUAAUCGGAUGCAGUUUGUAAAGAAUUUACAGAAAUAUAUAGCCAUUGAUAUAUUUGGAAGAUGUGGAAAACCUUGCGAACGGGGCACAAAAUGUGGCACCCACCCAUAUAUGUUUUACAUGGCCCUGGAAAAUGCUGACUGCAAAGACUACAUCACAGAAAAACUUUGGAAAAAUUCAUUUCAAGAAAACUUAAUCCCUGUCGUACAAGGAUCUAAAGUUGAAUAUGGGAAACAUCUCCCACCAAACUCGUUCAUUCAUGCGGAUAAUUUCAAGUCAACAAAAUACUUGGCUCAAUAUAUCACGAAAGUUUCACAGAGCGAGACGCUUUAUAAUUCAUAUUUUAAAUGGAAGGAACUUUAUCAGUUCACAUCUGCAGCAGGUCUACAAAAUCCUGAUAAUGUUUGUAAACUAUGCACUGUGCUAAAUGAAAGAAGACAGAAUAUUUCAUUUAACAAGGUAUACAAGAUCAGUUCUUGGUAUGACUGGAGGACACAGUGUGCUAGUCGGUAG